GUUUUUUUUCUGGAUAAAAUUGGCGGGACAAAUAAAUUACCUCCCUGUAAUGACACUUCCUGUUGAUUGAACAAAACAAACUUUCGUAAAAACAAAGUAUUGUCCAUUUGUUUUACUCUGAAGAGGCAACACACCAUAAUUAGUUUAUGUAAAAGAUUACAAAAUGACUUAAAGAAACCAACAAUGACUUUGUAAAAUGGCAAACAGAAGUAUGACCAAUAAAAUCAAAGACCUUCCAUGGUAUCAUCCAAAUGUAGACAGACAUACUGCAGAGAGUUUAUUGCUACAGAAUGGUGUUGAUGGAACAUACAUGUUACGUGAUAGUUCUAAGUUAGGAGAUUAUGCAUUGUCAGUAAGAUGUGAUCAGGCUGUUAAACAUUUCCCUUUAACAUGGACUGGAACAGUAUUUAAGUUUGGUCAUGGAGAGUUCGGCAGUGUUGAUGAAUUACUGCAUCAUUUCACAAAUAAACCUUUAAUCGGAUCUGAAUCAGGGCAAAUGACAUUACUCAACUACCCAUAUCCUCGCAAUAUAGAGGAACCAAAUGUAUAUGAUACUAUUCGUGUUCAUGCUGAGUUCAGUACAGCAUCAGAAAAUCUGAAAGGUCCAGAAUUCUCAAUUAAUUCUAAAGAAGGAUAUCUUACAAAACUUGGAGGCGUGUUUAAGACAUGGAGAAUUAGAUGGUUUGUUCUUCAGAAGAAUGAAUUGAGGUAUUUUAAGGACAAAUUCGACAAGCAUCCUAUACGAUCUGUAGAUUUACAUGAAUGUAAAGAGUGUGAAAGAGACUCCAGUAUUAAAGGAAAAUUUAAUGUAUUCAGGUUAGUGUUUGCAUGGAGAACUUUUUACAUGUAUUCAUCCACAGAUCAAGAAUCCAAUGACUGGGUUCAGCUCAUUAACUGGAAAUUGAGGCGGAUAAGAGAAGCAGGUUAUCUUCCAAGGAAUAGCUGACCAAACAGUUGAUUUUGUUAGUGAAAUUUAAUUUGUGAGAACAAUUGUGAACUAUUUUGUUAGUUAUUUAUGGAAUAUCAUUCUUUAACUGAAAUUGUAUAAUACAUGUAUAAAGGACAGCUCAUCAUUUCACAAUCUUAAGCAUUUGGCAUUUAUUUUGUAUGAUUAAUAACUUUGUAAACAAUGUAUGUCCAGCAAAAGGCAGAAUAUUAAUUUUAGAUGGAUGUAUAAAGAAUGAAUGAAACCACUCCUUUACAUUUUUAAAAACCAAAUUUUAAACAAUCCAAAGAUGGAAAAUUGUAUUCAAGUAUUUUUUAAAGCACUGCCAAAGUUUAUUUUAUUAAUUUUGUUUUAUAUACAUGUAGAAACCAUGUGCAAUCUCAACUGCCUAUCAUCAAAGUCUGUAGAUGUAUUGGUAGAUUUUAUUUUGCUCAGAGAAAAUAAUGAAGCAGCUUUGCUUUUUGUUUGUUCAUUUAACGUAUUAAGAAUCUUUAUGAAAUUAAUCACUCUUUUAUGGUAAUAUAUAUUCAGCAGGAUAUCUGUUAUAUCCACACAUAUUGAAAUAUAUAUCCAAGUUUAUGUAAAUUGAUGGCAAGCUCAAUAUUUGUCAAUUUCAUUCCAGUAUUGCUUUCUAUAUGAUUGUUUUUGUAUUUUGAAUGUAGCUGUGAUCUUUGAUGCCAGUUUCUUGGUAGAAUAUUUAUCUCUCUCAAAGAUUCUAUGCCAAAAAAAAUUUUUUACUAGUCUCAUCUUCACCUGCCUUUUUUUUUAAUUUGCAAAAAGCAUAAUAUAUUUAUUGAAUUUUUUGGCUUUGACCAAAUAUGUCUUAACUGCAAAAUACUUUGUUUUAUAAUUGAUUUGAAAGAUACUGUAUGUUUAUUAAUUAAAAUGUGUUGGUAUUUUUAAACUAUUAGUAUAUUUUGAUUUUUAUUUAAAUUAAGAGUAUAUACUAAGAAUCAUUUUUUCACUUUCUUUUGUCUGAUUUUACAGUUUUCUAGCUUGCAUAUUGUUUUUGGUUUUACUUACAUGAUAAAAUUUGCCGAAUUUUCUGAAGAUAGAAAAUUUGUUAAAAUAUAUGAAAUGUAAUUUUUUUUUUCGUUGCAGCUACCUUUGUCUUCUUUGAACAUGUUAAGAUAAAUGAAAUUGUCGUUAUUAGAGACCCUAUAUAAAGAAAAGCUAAAUUUACUAUUAUGUUUACUCUCUUUAGAAUUGAAUGUAAAAUUUUUACUUCAUAAUGUCAGAAUAUUUCUCUUAUAACCCUAACCAGUAGUCAUAUGAUUUAUGUACGGGUCAGUAUCUAGUGCAAUAAAAUUAUUAGAGUACAAAUAUAUCUUAAGGCGUUGAGAAGUACGUUUCAGGUUAAUACAUUGAAUGAUGUUAUUUUGUUUUUACAUAUAUUCUCCAAGACAGUUUACUUUCAAAUCGAAAGGCUAUGUAGAAAUGAAUUUUCUUCAGGGGUUAAUUUUGGGCUAAUUUCCCUAUGAAGAAAAAAAAUCGCAAAAUUUCCCCUUGUGUAAAUUGGAUCUUUAAGGAAGAUGAGGAUCAUUGUUGUGAGUAUGAAAAAAACACCCUUCAAACAGAUUAGGUAAAAAUUGAACCCCUGCAAAAAGCACUUUACAAAAAGUGGUACAUACUUCCUGCUGUUUUUACAAAUGAAUUCCUGCUCCUGCUAUUAAUACUUAUGAUAGGUGCUCCUGCUAUUAAUACUUAUGAUAGGUGCUCCUGCUAUUAAUACUUAUGAUAUAUUCUCCUGCUAUGCUCACUUAUGACUAGAUGCUUCUGCUAUGCAUAGUUUUAUAUAUUUUCUGCAGUCUAUUCUUAUAAAUAGGUUAUAAUGUUGUCUGUGCCACUGCUUAAAUAUGAAGUUUUGUUCUUUUAAGUAAUGAAAUAUUGUAAGGCCUGACAAAUAGGAACAUGAAACUUUACUCAGCUUAUCAAGUAAAAAAUCUGUCCAAGUUUAUAAAUAGCACCAAUCACAAUAAACUUAUGACCCUAUGUAUGCUGUACAAGAGGAUUAAAUAGAACAUGAUAGUAUUUGUAUUUUGUUCUAUGAACUUUUUAAGAAAUGAAAAAAAUGAGAGGUGUUAAUUCAGAAUUUGUUAGAAUAAAUAUCUUUUUAAGAUACCAGGUACUUAAGUUGGACGCUUUCAAUGUUAAGAAAUUCUUAAAGAAAACUCUAGCAUGUGGAACUGCAUAUGAAUAUUGAAAAAUUGACAAAUGUUACUUUUACACUCUCCAAAAUAUAGCAAAAUCAAAUAUCCUUCUUUUGGAAGUACAAAUGUAUAGAAUGCACAUAAAUAUUGCCAAAAGAGUUCAAUAAUUACAUUGUUAAUUCUCAUUAGGCCACAAAAAUUAAUUAUCUGUUUGUUAUUUAUUGACUCCAAUCAUCUUUUAGUGGGUAAAUAGGUUUGUUAAUUAUUUCUGGCCUUUUGAAUUUGUUAUUUCUUAAUUUUGAUCAAUUCCUUCGUAUCUGUGAUUAUAUCCUAGCUUUAGUAUGAUAGUAUGUGUUUUGUGUUUGUUUUGUGACCAUGUAACUUACAAGUCAUUUUCAUCCUAGUAAUGUUUAUAUAUUUUCUAUCACAAUAUUUUUGUUAACUUUCCUAGUUUCAAUUUGUUAAUUGCCAACAAUUUUGUACUUUCUUAUAUGUUAUAUGAAAUAUAUUGUUUGUUUAUAUAUUAAGUAGAAAUGUCUCUAGAGUGUUUUGUGAAUUUAAUCUUUGAAAAAAGAAAGUCAUAUUAACCAUAUUGAAAACUUUAUUAUAAAUACAAAUGUCUAGAAUUCUAAACCUUUCCUGUUGAUAUUUUCACUUGUAAGAAUAAUGUUUGGGAGGAGAUGAAGGUUUUGUUCCUUCAUCCUAGUUAAGGUUAAGAUCUAAGCCACUACAAUCAUAAGAAAUUUACCCUUUGUCAGUUGAUGCAUUGUGUUAAGUGACAAAGGUUGAAAGCCUUCAUUCAACAAAUGAAUUGCUAUUGGUAAGUUUUGUAAUAAGGUUCAGAUCUCAGCAACUACAAUUCAUAGCGGAAUUUUUUUGUCAGCUGUUAAUAUUUUGGUUUGAAUGACCUACAUUUCACUCUUGAUUGCAUUGGUGUGUAGUAUAAAUUCUAGAAUGAUAUGAUGUAGCAAAAUUGAUAUUUUAUGAGAUAACUAUGUUUUUGAAAAAAAUAUCAAGACUUGUUUAUGUCAUAGAGAGGUUAUGUCUGUCUAAAACACUCUAGCUUUCAUCUUACUGCCACUUAAAGUGUUUAACUUAUUUUAAAUAUAAAACAAAUACCAUUUUUAUAACCACAUCAUCCAUAAAAGAUCUCAAUCUGCAGCUGGUUGUACGAACAUGGCAUUAGCCUAAUGGUUCAUUAAGUCUUCAUUAAGCCUUUAUGAUGCAUUAGGCUAAUGAAGAUGUAAUGACUCAUUAGACUAAUGACACGUUCGUACAACCGGCUGAUGAUCUCUUAAUGUAAAAGUACCACAAAUGAAUAAAGACAAAGUGUAGCCAAUUAUCUUUAUAUGUUGAUCUCAUUGAAUUAAUCAGAAUAAUAAAAGUGCAAGUUUUUAUUAUUGGGAUUACAAAUAUUUUCAUUAAGGGCAUAUAAACCACUUGUAUUCCACAUUGAGAUUAAUUAAAUAUUUAAGGUUUACAAGAAAAACAAACAGUUUUCUAAGUGAAAAUCAUGAUGGUUAACAUUGUUUGGGAAAAGUUUUAUGAGACUUUGCAUGACAAUAUCGUGUUUUUCAGUAUCAUUUUGGAGGAAUUUACUUAUUACUUUGUUGAUUAUUCCAAAAUGUCAACAAAAAACAAGAAAUAAAAAAUAGUAGGACAAGUGAUUAUCACUACACAGAUAUUCAGGCCAGAACCAUAGAAAAAUAUGGCAGAAAGUGUGACAUGUUCAGCAAUUUUGUUCAUGUGAUGUUUAAGUGGUUUCUUCAUCAUCAUGACAAUUUGCAUUCAACUGCAUACUUUAAAAAAAAUAGCCUAAAUAAAUAUGCAUGUUAUUAUCUCCCCUGAUACUGCUGGAAAUGCCCUCAAGUAAAUGAUACUUUCGGCAUACCUCAUUUCUAUAGCAUUUACGAAUGUAUAUUUCUAAAGCAUUUAUGAUCGAGUUGACAUUAUCAGUUUUUAAAGAUAGUCAAUGACUUACUGUAUUAUAUAUUUUCUAUAUUAAAGUUGGCCAGUAUGUGUAAUCAUUGGUUUUGAUUUAGUCAAAUUUAACAUACUGUGGAUUCAUUAUUCUUCGUGGUAAACCAAAUUUUCAUGGAAUUCACGGGUAUUGGCAAACCACGAAUAUAAAUGUUCAACGAAGUUUAAAUUUUCUAUAGGCUUGUAUUCAGACUUUGGCAAAACACGAAAAUCAAAUAUCCACUAAAGUACAAGUUUUCCCAAUCCACGAAAAUUGGUACCCUCGAAAAUAAAUGAAUCCACAGGAGUUCAUUUUAAUGAUGAUAAUGAAAGUUUGUUAAGAAUUUAAAAUAUUUCAAGAAAACUUAUGUAAAUUUGCAAGAACUGUUGAAUUUUGUGGGAUUUUAAAGGAAUUAUAUUUAACUGAGACAAAUUGUUAUUAUGCAUGGAGUUCAGUGUAUCUGAAUAAUUUUAUAACAACUUUUUAACUGUUAUACUUAUGUUAUUCAAUUGUUUAUCUUCUUUAAACGUAUAAUUGAGUCAAGAGUAAGAUUAUUUAUGCAUGUUGUGAUAUGUAUAAGUAUUUUGUCAACCAUCAAAUAUUUUGUAUGAUUCCAAUUUUGAAUUGUAUAUUUUGUGUUUUUUUUAAUUUAGAUGUACACCAAAUUUUUAUGUAAUCAUUUUUAAUCAAUAUUUGGAUUUUUUUUUAUUUGAUGUAAGGAUUAACUUUCACCAUACAUCCCUUUUUGCAAAGGCUUCUCAAAAUUUCUUUUUCUUUUUAUAUUAUUAAUGUUUAUAAAUUGAGCAUAUACUACAUUUUAACAAAAGUCACAAAUUACAAACUUAUGUUAACUUGGACACCAGUUAUUGUAUGAUUUUAUACUCAGACUCAUAAUAGGGUGAAUUAUUUCUUGCCACUUAUCAAUUAAAUUUGGAAUUUUACUUACAACUAUUGAAACAUUAGUUUCUAGAGAUUAAGAGAAAAAAAAUCUAUGCUAUCCAAGUUCAUGGUAUAUUUAUACGGUAUUGCCUCUUAAUAUGUGGAUCACUGGCAUUACAUUAAUAGAUGAAAUUUAUAUCUUUAUUUUUCAAAUUUUUCAAAGAAAGAUCAUUUUUAUAAACCAGAAUUAAGUUAUUUAUAACUAUACGAGUGUGUUAGAAUAGCUUUCAUUGUUGAACAAUCCAUGACACAUUAUAAUUACUAGAACUUUAUGUAGUGCCUUUCUAUCAUGUGAUUGUGUAGUGCUGUUUAAUGUUUUGUUACAAUCAAAUCUCUAGUCACAUGACAAAUAUAUUACCAUAUAUGGAGUGUUCAAAGAUUAUUUCCUCUCAGCCACCCAUAAGGACUAAAUUACAGGGUAUAUUGUGUGGUGUUCUGUUGCCUUUUGUGUAUAAUGAAUCACUUAUGGAAAAAUGAAAGCCUCAUCAGGAUAAGUCUUUACCAAAAAUUAACUUUUCCUGUAGCUAAAAUGCCUAAAACCAUCAAACCAAUGAAUUAUACAUCAAAACCUUUGAUUUAAAAAAUGCAUGAAUUUUAUGGAACCGAUAGAUAUAUUUGGUUUAAAUGAGGUUCAAGGAUAGGAAUAGUUCAAAUUGAUGUAAAUUUUACAUUCCUUAGUUAGUAACAAUGUAGCUGUAAGACAAUAUAUAUUGAAAUAUUUUAGGAGGAUGCUGAUAAAUAAUAUUCAUAGCAGGAUGUCAUGAUAUUAAAUUUUCUCAGGUUGAUAUUUACAUCAACUGAAAGGUUUUUCAUUUUUUUUAUCAGAUUUAAACAUAUUUUCUACAUGACAAAGUUAUUGUUAUGACAUAUGUUUACAUCUGGCUAUUUUUGGUUAAGUUACAACCAGAAAAAGACAAAAGUUAAAAAGAAGUUAUAAUGCACAAAACAGUUGAAUCAUUCACAUUUUUUUCAUAAUUAUAAAAUAUUAUCUGCAGAACAAAAAAUAAAAAUUUUGGUGUAUUACUGCACCUCUUAAUUUGGUAGUAAGGAAUUAGGCAAAGCCAAGGAGAUAUCAUUACUGAUACAGACAUAAGUUUAAAUGAUACUUAAGUAUUUUAUGCAUGGAAAACUUAUUGGUGGAGAGGAAAUAAGUCAGUUGUAAUAUAUAUUUGUGCAUGUUAUGCUGUUCAGAAGGAGCAGUGAAUCAGCUUUAUAUGGUAGUAUAUUAUUAUAAAAGGUUGCAAUAUGUUUCUGAGAUUCAGUUGUGGUUAUGUCAUUAAAAUUAUAUCAGAAUAUAUA